AUGGCGAAAGCAGAGCUGAAGUACCUGAGUGGAUUUGAUAAUGAGUUUACCAGUGAAGAUCCACGAUGUCCUGGGGCAGUUCCAAAGGGACAGAAUAAUCCUAUAAAAUGUCCAUAUGGAUUAUACGCUGAGCAGUUAUCCGGUUCUGCUUUCACCUGUCCCAGAGAGUACAACCGAAGAACCUGGUUUUAUAGAAUUAGACCUUCAGCUGUGCAUUCACCAUUCACUAAAGAGGAAAACAGGGGGUUAGUUGAUGACUGGAAAGCUAGCUACCCAAAUCCUAACCAGCUACGAUGGAAACCAUUUGACAUUCCAAAUCCAGAGAAAGAAAAAGUUGACUUUGUCCAGGGAUUGCAUACUCUUGGUGGCGCUGGUGACCCAUGUAGUCGACAUGGUGGAGCAAUUCACAUUUAUUUAUGUAAUGCGUCCAUGACAGAUAAAUGCUUCUAUAAUUCCGAUGGAGAUUUCUUGAUUGUUCCUCAACAAGGUACCUUGCAUAUCAAAACUGAGUUUGGCAAAAUGACUGUGGAACCCAUGGAGAUAUGUGUAAUUCAGGUAAUAAUGUGGACAGACUUUUAUUUUCAGAUUUCUUUAUUGACUUGUGUAGGAGCUAAUGGUCUGGCAAGUCCUCGUGAUUUCCUGACUCCUGUUGCCUGGUAUGAAAACAAAACAGUGGACAACUACACAGUCAUUAGUAAAUACCAAGGAAAACUCUUUGCAGCCAAGCAGGGUCACUCUCCAUUUGACGUUGCAGGAUGGUUUGGUAACUAUGUUCCAUACAAAUAUCAUCUUGAUAACUUUAUGGUGACCUUCUGCCUAAUGAAUAUGCAUUUGUAGGAUCCAUCUAUUUUCACUGUAUUGACCUGUCAAUCACUGAAACCUGGAGUAGCCAUUGCUGACUUUGUGAUCUUUCCACCAAGAUGGGCUGUUCAGGAACACACCUUCAGACCUCCGUAUUACCAUAGAAACUGUAUGAGUGAAUUCAUGGGACUCAUCAAAGGCAAAUACGAAGCUAAGGAGGAAGGUUUUAUGCCAGGUGGUGCCACUAUGCAUAGUAUGAUGACACCUCAUGGACCAGACAAUGAAUGUUUCACUAAAUGUAGCGAUGAAACAAGUGACUUUAACACCAAGCCACAGAAAAUAGCUGAGGGCACCAUGGCUUUUAUGUUUGAGUCAUCUCUCAGUAUGUCACUGACAGAAUGGGCCAAUGAAACCUGCCACAAAGUGGACAAAGACUAUUACAAGUGUUGGCAGUCAUUAACUAGCCAUUUCACUGGGCCAAAGUAGAGAUGAAGAUACGACGGAGACGGUACAACAGCAAAGCCAAGAUGUAGUGAAAGAAGAACCACUAAUAUUCAGCCAGCCUGGUGCAGCUACAUACUCAUUUUAGAUGAGAUUUUUAUUUGCUUGGUUUUUAAUUUCAUCUGGGACAUUUUCAAUAUAAUGUUAAUGUUGAAGAAUAAUUUAUUUGCAGUGUGCUGUACAAUGUCUGAUUUGGUCCACAGUAAUGAAGUAAGGAAAAACAAUAUUAAUAAAACAUAAAUGUUUUCAUUCGUAUUGCAUUUUAACAAAUUAUUUGUUCUGAACAUAUCUUAUAUUAUCAACUUUCCUGCAUUUUUGUAGUGAAAUUAGGACAAAUAUUGUGAGUGUGAAUAAGCUCAGACAGAAUAUAUUUUCUUUUCAUCAAAGUUAUCAAACAAAAACAUUCUCAAAAAUUAUAACACAAUCAAUUAUUGGUAAUUACCAUAUUUUAUCUGAAUUGUAUCUGGUUUAGAGUUUUCUUUCCAUUUUAUUUUCAUGGUACUGAAAAUACGUAAAUAAUUGAGUACACUGCUGAUAAGACAUUCAUGUUCCUGAAUAAUGUAUAAAAUAAAAACAAAUAGACCAUGGUGUUUGCCUGUAGAGGGCGCUGUAUAAAAUGAUGAUUUGUGUUGUGUGCUAUUCAACAAAGCUGCCAUGUCGGAAUCAGUGUACAGAAUUGAACUGAUAUUCAACAAAUACAACUAGUUUACCAACUAUGUAUUAUCUGUA